AUGAAACCAAACGAGCAGGAUCUUCACAUUUUGAAAUUCGAAACGUACGACGAGUAUCUAAACUCACUGGUUGACGGGAAAAGCCUUCAAUAUUUUGGGGAUAGAGAAAAUCUUAUCAGUCUCUUCCGUACGGGCUACCGAGCACUGACGAAGGAUGCCUUUGAGGCACAGAAAAAUUUCCUUCAGGUAGCAAAAGAUCCCAACACACUCUUUAGUCGAAGCAUCGAGCCAAAGAAUGAGUUUCUGCAGGAACUUGCUUUCCGUGAGCGUCCCAAUAGAUUGGGUUUACUGUCGACCAUAAUUUACAUUCGUUCGAUGAGCAAAAAUGUCGAAAUUUCUGGCUACAUUGAUUACGAGGAAGCACUCCGACGUGUCCACAAGGAUCAGCUAUACUCGAACGAUUGGAAGGCAAUAUUUGCAGGUGAAGCGAUCCUUCGGCCGACGCCAGUCGAUUUGCUCUACUAUAACGCCAAGACGGGAAAUAGUUUACGGAAUAAUUCCCGCAACUAUCGUAUCCUGUGCGAUCCAUUGCGGGGCAUACUGUUCCGAAACAUGUACGAUCGCAAAGACGUCAUCCCAGAUCCGAUGCGGAACUACUACGGAACGAACACAAGCCGCCUGGUGGUAUCGAGCGAAGUAUACGAACAAGUCGCAUUGUACGACCAUGUGGUUCGUAUAAACUAUUAG